CGCCGUGGCCCGCCGUGGCCCGCCGUGCGUGCAAGCGCUGAGGGCGGGAAAGCUGAGGUGGGGCAGUUGUGAAGGCGGAGGACGUGGUGGCGUCAGAACGAUGGAAAUCUCGGAAAGAGGGGAAAGCGGUACCUCUCUACACUCGGAUAAGAGUGAGCCCUGCUCAAGAGGCCUCUUAGUGACCUCCGAUAUUCGAAGGCCAAAACCGGCCUUCAGUACCGGGCCUCCUAGCGCGGCGUGGAGGCCCAACGAAUGCCUCGUUUCCAGCACGCAGUGUUGCUCACAGACAGCUUGAAGCAGACAUCCCAACUCUGUGAACUUCAGCUUGGGCAUAAAUUUCAGGUUGGCUUCCUAACAUUAAAGAGAAAAUGCUGCUAUCAGUGACUUCAAGGCCUGGGAUUUCGACUUUUGGCUAUAACAAGAACAACAAGAAGCCAUAUGUGUCAUUGUCUCAGCCAAUGGCACCACCUAGUCCAAGCAACAGUACCCCUAACAGCAGCAGUGGGAGCACUGUAAAUGACCAGCUGAGUAAAACCAACCUCUACAUCCGGGGAUUGCAGCCAAGCACUACCGACCAGGACCUAGUCAAGUUGUGUCAGUCAUAUGGCAAGAUUGUCUCCACUAAGGCCAUACUGGACAAGACCACAAACAAAUGCAAAGGCUAUGGCUUUGUGGACUUUGACAGUCCUUCAGCAGCACAGAAAGCUGUAACAGCACUGAAAGCCAGUGGUGUGCAAGCACAGAUGGCAAAGCAACAGGAGCAGGACCCCACAAAUUUAUACAUCUCAAACCUCCCACUGUCAAUGGAUGAGCAAGAACUGGAGGGAAUGCUGAAGCCCUUUGGCCAGGUCAUUUCCACUAGAAUCCUUCGAGACACCAGUGGGACCAGCAGAGGGGUUGGCUUUGCAAGGAUGGAGUCCACAGAGAAGUGUGAAGCCAUCAUCACCCACUUUAAUGGAAAAUAUAUUAAGACACCCCCUGGAGUACCAGCCCCAUCUGAUCCCUUGCUUUGCAAGUUUGCUGAUGGGGGUCCAAAGAAACGACAGAACCAAGGAAAAUUUGUGCAAAAUGGACGGGCCUGGCCAAGGAAUGGAGACAUGGGUGGUAUGGCCUUGACCUAUGACCCCACCACAGCUCUUCAGAAUGGGUUUUACCCAGCUCCUUAUAACAUCACCCCCAACAGGAUGCUUGCUCAGUCUGCACUGUCCCCGUAUCUUCCAUCUCCUGUGUCUUCAUAUCAGAGAGUAACUCAGACAUCUCCUCUACAAGUACCUAACCUGUCUUGGAUGCACCACCAGUCAUACCUCAUGCAGCCUUCAGGUUCAGUUCUGACGCCAGGAAUGGAUCAUCCUAUUUCUCUCCAGCCUGCCUCCAUGAUGGGACCUCUUACCCAGCAACUGGGCCACCUCUCACUCAGCAGCACGGGCACAUAUAUGCCAACAGCUGCAGCUAUGCAAGGAGCGUACAUCUCCCAGUACACCCCUGUGCCUUCUUCCAGUGUUUCAGUUGAGGACAGCGGCAGCCAGCAAAAUCAAGUGACGGUGGAUGCUCCCUCAGACCAUGGGGUCUAUUCUUUCCAGUUCAACAAGUAACAGUGGAUUUCCCUCCCCAUCUUUGUUGAGUAUAAAUGAAUUCUUGGAGAUGCUGAUGCUCCAGACUCCAGAGGGCUGACCAGGAAUACAGCCCCUCUGUGGGCCCAGCUGAGGACUAACACUUGGUCAUCGGUUUUCACAGGCCUGGGCCUGGAAAAAGAAGUCUCUGCACUCCUGCCCUGUGCUCUUCCUCCACUCCUGGUGGAGCCUGGAGGAACUGUCACUUUGUGUGUGUGCUACAGUCAAGGAGACCAAAAAGACUUCUUUUCUUUUGUGAAGAAAGUUUUAUGUUUUGUUUUAAACUGCAAUAUACUCUUUCCCUACCCCAAAGAGACA